AGACAGGUGCAGUCGUAGCGGGGCCGGAUUCUCCGUCGCUUAGUCCAUCUAGGGGAUGACACGGGCGGUGUUUCCUUGACCCGCUGUUGUGAGCCCUGAUCCCCCUCCGGCAGAGCCGAAACCAUGGCCCCUACUCAGGGUCCCCAGGCCCGGCUGGAAUUCGGGGGACCCCUGGGCGCUGCGGUGCUGCUGUUGCUGCUGCCUGCCACCGUGUUCCACCUGCUCCUGGUGGUCCGCUCAGGCCCGGCGCGCCUCCUGGGCCCGCCCCCGUACCUGCCAGGGCUGGAGGAGCUGUGGAGCCCGCGGGCGCUGCUACUGUUGCUCGCCUGGAUCGGUCUGCAGGCGGCGCUCUACCUGCUGCCGGCGCGCAAGGUGGCCGAGGGGCAGGAAUUGAAGGAUAAGAGUCGCCUGCGCUACCCCAUUAACGGCUUCCAGGCCCUGGUGCUGUCAGCCCUGCUGGUAGGGCUGGGGGUGUCAGUGGGUCUGCCCCUGGGGGUGAUCCCAGAAAUGCUCCUGCCCUUGGCAUUUGCGGCCACCCUCACCACCUUCAUCUUCAGCCUCCUUCUCUAUAUGAAAGCUCUGAUAGCCCCUGCCUCGGCUCUGGCACCUGGGGGAAACUCAGGGAAUCCCAUUUAUGACUUUUUCCUGGGACGGGAGCUCAACCCUCGCAUUUGUUCCUUUGACUUCAAAUAUUUCUGCGAGCUGCGGCCUGGCCUCAUCGGCUGGGUGCUCAUCAACCUGGCCCUGCUGGUACAGGAAGCAGAGCAGCGGGGGAGUCCCUCACUGGCCAUGUGGCUGGUCAAUGGCUUCCAGUUGCUGUAUGUGGGUGAUGCCCUUUGGAAUGAGGAGGCCAUCCUUACCACCAUGGACAUCACACAUGAUGGAUUUGGCUUCAUGCUGGCCUUCGGGGACCUAGCUUGGGUCCCCUUCACCUACAGCCUACAGGCCCAGUUUCUACUGUACCACCCACAGCCCCUGGGGCUCCCCAUGGCCUUGGUCAUCUGCUUCAUCAAUGCUGCUGGUUAUUACAUCUUCCGAAGGGCUAAUAAUCAGAAGAAUACUUUCCGAAAGAAUCCUUCAGACCCCAGUGUGGCUGGCCUUGAGACCAUCCCUACAGCCACAGGGAGGCAGCUGCUGGUGUCUGGGUGGUGGGGUAUGGUCCGCCACCCCAACUACCUUGGAGACCUCAUCAUGGCUUUGGCCUGGUCCUUGCCCUGCGGGGUGUCUCACCUGCUGCCCUACUUCUACAUCCUCUACUUCACCAUGCUGCUGGUGCACCGGGAGGCCCGGGAUGAGCAGCAGUGCCUACAGAAGUAUGGCCGGGCCUGGCACGAGUACUGCCGGCGUGUGCCUUACCGCAUCUUGCCCUACCUCUACUGAAGCAGCUCCCCCAUCCAGC